GUAGGCAGAUUGAGCUCUCCUACAAUAAUGAAAGGAGUUGAAAUGCAUUGAGAUUUCUGAUGAGAGUCUUAGUGAAAAAUCCGCCUGAACGAUGGGUAAGACAUUCUCCCGGCUGGGCUCUCAGGAGGAUGAGAACAAGUCAAUCCUGCCCCCCCACCCAGCCAUCAACAGCAAGGCUGCCAGCUACUCCAGCACCGGUAGCAGCAAGCCUUUUUGUUCCUGUGUGCCUUGUGAAGGGCCUGCUGGUGCCAGCUUUGUGACUUGUCCCACCUGCCAGGGCAGUGGGGAGAUCCCUCGAGUGCAAGAGAAGCAGCUGGUGGCCCUCAUCCCCUAUGGGGACCGGAGGCUGAAACCCAGGCACACGAAGCUCUCCGUGUUCCUGGCAGUGCUCACCUGCCUGGUGACCUCCUCCCUCAUCAUCUUUUUCCUGUUUCCCCGGUCCAUCGCCGUGCAGCCUGCGGGCCUCAACUCGUCCACGGUGGCCUUUGAUGAAGCUGAUAUCCACCUCAACAUAACGAACGUCUUGAACAUCUCCAAUAGCAACUACUACCCUAUCACGGUGACCCAGCUGACCAUCGAAGUGCUGCACCUGUCCCUUGUGGUGGGGCAGGUCUCCGAGAGCCUCCUCCUACACAUCGGCCCUUUGGCCAGUGAACAGAUGUUUUAUGCAGUAGCCAACCGGAUAUGGGAUGACAACACAUACAAAAUCUGUACCUGGCUGAAAAUCAAAGUCCACCAUGUGCUUUUGCACAUCCAGGGCACCCUGACCUGUUCCUACCUGAGCCAUUCAGAGCAGCUGGUCUUUCAGAGCUAUGAAUAUGUGGACUGUCGGGGAAACAAGUCGGUGCCCCACUUGCUGGUCCCUCACCCACCGUGACCUGUCUGCUGCCCCUGAACUGCAGGCACCUGCCAGCCUGGUCUGUAUCUUCCACGACUCCAUGGUGCCCAAGAAAGGACUCUAGUGACUUUGCCAGAGGAAAGCCCAGCUGUAUCAUACCCUCCCCACACCCUCAGCACAGGAACCUUUGUGUGGAAGUUAACUUCUCACAUACACACAC